UUAGUUUGAAGUUUGGAUUCCAAAAAUAGGAUUACCUUCUAUUAAUGUUUAUUUCUAUCAAUGUAUAUAUUAAUCUCGAUUUAACGUACUUUCUUAAUUCUUACUAGAAAAAGAUAAAGAAUAAAUUAAACCAAAAUUACAGUUAAUUGAUCUACAUUGAGAGAAAUGGGCAUUAAUUUCUUCCGCUUUCGUCUUUCUCCCUUUGAAAUCGCGCGCCUUGACGUUUCAACAAUCGCAAUAUCGAAGAGCGAUUCGAUAUUGCGAUUCUCGAAGCGGAACUAGAGUUGUGACCGUGUGACGGUUGCUCGCGGGAUGCGUCGCGACCGGAGUAUUAUUUCAUGUUCGAAUCACUCCGCUUUUUCUUUCCGAUCAUUGUUUUCCGAGAUUGAAUUUUGCACGCGAAGUGUUGUCGUAAGUGUUCGCUGAAGUGAAGUAAUGUGAGUAACCACAUGCUUAUUAACGUGAUCGGCGAUUUACUUUCGUGCGGUCCCGGCGUCAAGCAGAAUUUUUUUCGCACUUGGUUUCCAGUUUCAUCAAGAGAUAGCUGACCUGAGCUGACCGACGCACGAUCGUCGUUAGGUACGUCAAACAUUUAUAAGUGAUUAUGCCAGCACUUCUAUUUUUUCGCUAUGGAGAUAUUAUUAUAUGAGAAAACGACGAGAAAGAGUGCCGUGUGAGCGGGGGAUGGCGUGAAAUGGAAGACAUACAUACUGUUUGUUCUGUGUAGCUGCACUGCUGUAGUGGUGAUAUUAAAUUAUGCAAUUAAUCUUAACAUUCUGACAUUAUUUCUUUUAUAUUUUUCUCUCGAUCUCCGGAGAAAUGAUAUAUUUUUCGCUCCAUGAUAUAUCAUAGAGAAAUCUCAUAUUUUCUUAUUUCUCACGAGUACACGUAACGUCGUCGAGAUGGCGGUAGCGUUCUGAAAACGGGCAAUUUUAUUUAUCGGUUACGAUGUGUAUGGGUGUUUACAUAUUUUUCCCAGUCACGCGUUGCAAUUUUAGGUUAGGAUAGGUUAAGAUCGUCACUCGCACCGAGCUGAUGUUCACGGUUGGCGCCGAGAGUCCACGUCAAAUUUCAGUUUAAAUCAAUUGGGGUAAUUCGUCCAAUAUAUUCCGCUAUACCAAAUAAUAAUUAAUGUUAUCGAAUCAAUGUAACCUUUUACGUGGCAUGAAAGAUUCUUUUAUUAAAUCACCUGUAUCAGAGAAGUCUCGUCGUAACAUAACCAGAAAAGAUAAGGAAACUGGUUUGUUAAUUUGACAGACAAGGGAAACGAUGAAAAAAAAUUUACGAAGUAAACAUAAUCCGCCGAUAAUCGAACUGUCAGACUCCGACGAUGACGGUGAUUACAAAACAUCUAAAAAAUCCGACGAUGACUAUGCGGCAAAACGAAACAGAAAGAAAAAUACAGCAGAUAAAGAAGAGCCAGCGAAGAAGCGAGCGAGGAGAAAUACCCAGAGAAAGACUGUCAUGUCCGUCAAGAGAGAAAAUCGAGAGGAGAGUUCGGAGGUGUUUGACAACAAAAAACGAAUAAAGCUGGAAGAAGGAUCAUCGUGCACUAACUCUGUGGAUGUAAAAGCGUCGCACAAACAAGACUGGAAGGGUUUGAUUGAAACUCAGGUGAAGGAAGACGUGAAGCUCGAAGAGAAAUUCAACUCCAGUCUCUGGAAUGGACCUGUGGAAUGGACCGACGUCGAUUAUGUAAGCGAGGACAACAACGUGGACCCAUGCAUCGCGGCGAACGUGGUGAAACUUUUCAAGGAAGACAACACCAUACCGUUUAUCGCGCGGUACAGAAAGAACAUGACUGGGUCCAUGGAGGUGGAGAAGCUGCGAGCGCUCCUGAACAGUUUCGAGCAGGCUAAGCUCAUCAAGAAGCGCGCUGCGACCAUUAUCAAGAACAUUGACAAGCUGGGUAAGUGGUCGCCGGAGAUUCAUUCCGCCGUCACGGGUGCGAAGUCUCUCGACGAUCUCGAGUACAUUUAUUCCUUCUACAAACCCACGGCGGGGUCAAAACGUACCCUGGCGGAGAAGGCACGAGAACUAGGUCUGGGAGACGUCAGCGCUGCUAUUUUACGCGGUCAGGAUAUACCGCCGUUGAUAUCAUUGGUCGACGAGCACAGGGAGGGCUUACGGAACGAGCAGGAAGUGAGAAGCGGCAUCAUGCACAUAAUAGCGGACAUUAUCAGCAAGGACAAGCAGGUUUUCGACAAGGUGAAAUCCUUCCAGAAACUGUUUGCUGUCGAUGUGCAGACGACGCAAUGCAAGACGUCGGAGAAAGAUUCUAAGAACAACGCGAACGAGCAGAAGUACAAAGUGUACUUCGACUUCAAGUCGAGCGUGAACACGAUCAAACCGCAUCAAAUACUGGCUAUCAAUCGGGCCGAGUCGCAGAAGAUUAUUAGCGUGAAGAUCGUCGUGUCUGACGUGUUCGAGCGCACGUUCAAGGCGUACUGCUUCUCGCGAUACAUGCGAGAAGGUAACCAAUAUACGAAAAGGGCGCCAUACUGGGACUUGUUCAACGACAGUAUCGAUUACGCGUACAAGAAGCAGAUCAAGCCGCAACUGGUGCGUCGCGUGAGGAGCGAGAUGAAAGAAAAAGCGGAGCAGGCAUCCAUCGAGGUGUUCGCGACAAACGUCAAGCAGCUGCUGCUCACACCUCCCGUCCGUGGUAAAACUGUCCUCGGUGUGGACCCGGGCUACCAUCAUGGAUGCAAACUCGCUGUAGUGUCGGAACAGGGCGACCUCCUUGAGACCGCCGUGAUUUAUCCCCACACCAAGAACCAAAAUCUGUCGUCGUUCACAAACGCGGCCAACACGCUGGCGAGAUUGGUGAACAAGUACGGAUGCACGAUAAUAGCUUUGGGCAACGCCACCGCGUGCAGAGAGACUGAGCUGUUUCUAACGAAAGUAAUAGAGUCGAGAAUGUUUGGUACGCUGAACACGAUGUACACCAUUGUCGACGAGUGCGGCGCCUCGAUAUACAGCUGCAGUCCUCAAGCAAAAUCGGAAUUCCCGGAUCUCGAUCCAAACCUGGUGUCAGCUAUCUCGAUAGCGAGACGCCUGCAGGACCCGCUGGCGGAAUUGGUUAAGAUAGAGCCGAAACAUUUAGGAGUCGGCAUGUAUCAGCACGAUCUUCCGGAGACGAAACUGUCGAAGACGUUGUCCGAAGUUGUCACGGAGGUUGUGAGUUUUGUAGGAGUUGAUAUUAAUACGGCUUCCCAUUAUCUCCUACAGCGAGUAGCUGGCCUCACACUUUCUAGGUCUAAGAGCAUCAUAGAGUGGCGGACCAAAAAUGGACCGUACAGGAACAGGGAGCAGUUGCUGAAGGUGAAGGGUAUCGGCAACAAAACGUUCGAGCAGUGUGUAGGGUUUAUAAGGAUUCUGCCGGAGACAGCGACGACUGGCGAGACCUCGUCGGAACGGAGCAAGAAUAGGUCGGAGAACGAUUUCAAUCCCUUAGAUCAGACGUGGAUCCAUCCGGAGUCAUACGCGAUAGCGGACAAAUUUAUAAAAUACUGCCAGUGUAAUCUGGACGAUAUUGGCAUUCCGGCGUUUAUCGAGAGGAUAAAUUUUCACGCGAGAACCGAAUACGGGAAGCUGGCUGCGCAGUAUGGUACCGACGAGAUUACGAUGGAGACAAUAGUUAAAGCUCUGACCAUGCGAAAAGACGAGGACAUACGAUCGAAAUUGAGCCAACCGCUGUUCCGCAACAGCGUGCGGCGUAUCGAGGAUUUGACCGUCGGCACUGUAUUGACCGGCGUCGUGCGAAACGUCACGUAUUUUGGAUCGUUUGUGGACGUGGGUGUUGGUAAGGGAGGACUGAUACCCGUCUCCCGUAUGAAAAAGGAUCUGCAUAUAGGACAGCGAGUGGAAGUAAAGGUAAUAAACAUUGAGCUGGCACGCGAAAGGAUUAGUCUUGAGUUAAUAAGUUAAAAGGAUUAGUCUUGAGUUAAUAAGUUAAUGUUCAAUCGAAUCGAUUGCUGUUUUUGGCUGUUAUGAUAAAAUUAGCGUUAGGUUGGUGCAUCACUAAGAAGCAUUUUGUUUUACUUAUAUACACUCGUCUAAUUUAUCUUAGAACUAAAAGGGAAAAUAACAAGAUCGACCAUUCUUGCAUCAACGUAUCAGUUGACAGAUAUAAUGGUCGGCAAUUCUGUGAGAUUUGUGUUAUUUUAAAAGUGAAGUAUUGAUGUUGCCUUGACAAUAAGUAUAUUUUUUUGGUAUUCGAAAUUAAAUAUUUGUACAGGAAAUUUAUAAUUUAUAUAGUAUUAUAAUGAGCAACAGUAAUAAAUAGAUCUUGACCAAAGGAAAGAUAUAUAUUUCAAUGACAAGACAAGUGCCUAAUAUAAUUUAUAAAUGAAUAAAAACCAGGAAGGAAGGUUUCAAUACAGCAUCAGAUAAUUUUCAUCUACCUCUUUAUCAGUUAUCUCAUCAAUGGAUUCCAAUUUGUUUUUAAAUGAAUCCAAAUGUCCUAAAUUCUUGUACGUUCGUAAUCACAAAAUAAUAUUUUGUUACUUUAAUUACUGCUGUCCAAUACUAUUCUUUUAUUUUAGUGCACUUGUAAUUUAUUCUAUCUAUUUACUUCUUGUUACAUCUCUCACAACACUUCUCAUGGGUAGUUUAUCUCGGAGAAAUGGAUUCCACUUUAUGUCGUACAAUGCGGCCGCCUAAAAUGGAAUCUCUAUAUGCGUGGUUGCGGAGAGUUUGUAAAACGAAUUCCAGUCACGUGCUAACGUGCCUUUUCCCUUGCUGCUAGCAAAAGUACAGUCGACUACAAGGUGGGGAGGGGAAAGAGGAGGGUGUAUACCGCAUUGAGUGUUGAGGAAGAAGGUCGCAAUUGCAACAGACGGACAAUUGCAGUCUAAUCUUUUGUUUCUGAAGCCAGAUUUUUUAAGAGACUUGUUAAUUAUAUUUAAGUUUCAUUUAUUGAUUAUGACAAAUUUUCUUAUGUAUUAUUUAUAUAACUGCCUUGUAUUGAAAUAAAAAUAAAAAAUAAACACAGCUGGACGAGUUAGAGAUCG